AUUUUGAGAAUGCGUGAUAGCCUAGUCAAGGAGUUAGGGGAUGGAUUCAAGCCCAAGAAUUUGACGACUAUGACUUUCUCUUAUUGUAAAUUCUUAAAAAAGAUUCCGGAUCUUUCAAGCAUCUCAAAUUUGAAGGAAUUGAGUGUACAAAAUUGUACAAGAUUAGUUGAGGUGCAUGAUUCCGUUGGAUCUUUGGAAAAUCUUUCUAUGUUGGAAUUUUAUGGAUGCUCUAAACUCCAAAUUCUUCCCAGAAGCCUCAAGUUGAGAUCUUUACGCGGGGUUAAUCUGAGUUGUUGCUCAAGCCUUCGUUAUCUUCCUGAAAUCGAGUGUAAAAUGGAAUCUUUAAUUGCAUUGGAUCUACGUCGCACCGCAAUAGAAGAAGUACUACCUUUAUCCAUCGGGAACCUCGUUGGACUCCUGUAUUUACAACUAUUAGGCUGCAAAAACCUUAUGCGUUUCCCAAUUGCUUGCAUUCUUUUGCAACAUUUACGGGAGCUCGAGAUUGGUGGUUGUUCAAAUGUUGUAAAGAAGAUGAGGGAUGAUGCCCGGGCUAUCCUUUCUAGCUAUUGAGUCUACAAAAAUGGAAGAAACAAAUUUCUUUCCAAUAUCUAGUUUAUUUCCCAUGUUUAACUCUUCUGCCAGUUUGCAUCAUUUAGAUCUAUCGGGGACGGAAAUUGUUAGCCUUCCCACAAGCAUCAAAGAAUUCGUUACACUAGCUCGUCUUUUCUUGUGCGAUUGUGAGAAACUUGAAGAAAUAUUAGAGCUUCCCCCAAAUAUAUGGUACAUAAAUGUUAAGGGAUGCAAGUCAUUAGAAAUAUUUGGAGAAGCAUAAAAAAUAUUGGAAUUCAAUGGAAGCCACAUCAAAUUGCUAAAAUUGAUUCAAAUGGAUGGCUGGAACAAAAUGCAUGUGAAUAUAUGGAAUGAUAAAGUGCAAA